AUCUAAAAUGGUGAAUAUCCUGGAAUAUGUAUAUAUGUCCGUGUGUGUGUGUGUGUGUGUAAUAUCCUGGUAUGUCUUAGGCACUGCAGUCAUAAUCAAACAGAUAAGAUGAUGGUGUCUACAUUUUUGCCCCUUGACUUUUUUAUAGUUCCAAACCACACCCAUUGCAAAUUGGCCUUUCUACCUGAGACCAAGUUCUUUUGAGAUUAAAAUCUGUGGUGGUAGACAGAACACCAAGUGUGGAGUUAGUUGCUUUGGUCAGACAGUGACUUUGACAGAAAUUACUUGAGAAUAGACAUAGCUUAGAGAGACUGAAUUUUGAGUCUUCUGAAUUGUUUUCCUGGACCUCCAAAUCUCAGGUGAUAACAUCAACAGAAGCAGAGUCCUGGCAUCUGUAACUGCUUCACUUUAGGGUCUUUUCUUAGUAAAGCAGAAAAUCAGCAGUUCCCAGCCUGAGUAAAGCUGAGAAGGUCUUGAAUGAUACAUGUCGAGGAAACUUGGAUACUGAUACCGCUGGCAAUUUGCCUAUGUCUUCCUGCCAAAGAAUGAAAGACUUUUGCGUUUUCUCAGAAGAAGCCAGCUUUUGAAAAAUAUAAAGACCUGAAGAUAGUCUUUCCUAUUCAGAGAUGGAGAACAGUACCACCACCAUUUCUCGGGAGGAGCUGGAAGAACUACAAGAAGCAUUUAAUAAAAUAGAUAUUGACAACAGUGGGUAUGUCAGUGACUAUGAACUCCAGGACCUGUUUAAGGAAGCAAGCCUUCCUCUGCCUGGCUACAAGGUUCGCGAGAUUGUGGAGAAAAUUCUAACAGUUGCUGACAACAACAAAGACGGCAAAAUCAGUUUUGAAGAGUUUGUGUCACUAAUGCAAGAGUUAAAAAGCAAAGACAUCAGCAAAACAUUCAGAAAAAUAAUUAAUAAAAAAGAAGGGAUUACUGCUAUUGGAGGAACUUCAUCCAUUUCCAGUGAGGGCACACAGCAUUCUUAUUCAGAGGAAGAAAAAGUGGCCUUUGUUAACUGGAUAAACAAAGCCCUGGAGAAUGACCCUGACUGUAAGCAUCUCCUACCCAUGAAUCCCAAUGACGAGAGUCUUUUCAAAUCGCUUGCCGAUGGCAUCCUUCUUUGCAAAAUGAUCAACUUAUCUGAACCAGAUACAAUUGAUGAAAGAGCCAUUAAUAAGAAAAAGCUCACCCCUUUCACUAUUUCUGAAAAUUUAAACCUAGCCCUGAAUUCAGCCUCCGCCAUUGGUUGUACAGUGGUCAACAUUGGUGCACAGGAUCUGAAAGAAGGCAAACCUCACUUGGUCUUGGGACUUCUCUGGCAGAUCAUCAAAGUUGGUCUUUUUGCCGAUAUUGAGAUUUCUAGGAAUGAAGCUCUGAUUGCAUUGCUAAAAGAAGGCGAGGAUCUCGAAGAGCUGUUGAAGCUUUCUCCAGAGGAGUUACUGCUACGAUGGGUGAACUACCACCUGACCAAUGCAGGAUGGCGCACCAUCAGCAACUUCAGCCAAGACAUCAAGGAUUCAAGAGCCUAUUUUCAUCUGCUUAAUCAGAUUGCACCUAAAGGUGACCGGGAUGAUGGACCUGCCAUUGACAUUGAUCUUUCAGGAUUUAAUGAGCAAAAUGACUUGAAGCGUGCUGAAUUCAUGCUUCGAGAAGCAGACAAGCUGGGCUGCAGACAGUUUGUAACGCCGGCAGAUGUGGUUUCAGGCAAUCCUAAACUAAAUUUAGCUUUUGUGGCUAACCUGUUUAACACAUACCCAAGCCUACACAAGCCUGAUAAUAACAACAUCGAUAUCAAUUUAUUGGAAGGAGAGAGCAAGGAAGAGAGGACAUUUCGGAACUGGAUGAAUUCCUUGGGAGUCAGCCCAUAUAUUAAUCAUUUGUACAGUGACCUUGCAGAUGCCUUAGUCAUCUUUCAGCUGUACGAAAUGAUCCGUGUUCCAGUCGACUGGAGCCAUGUCAACAAACCUCCUUAUCCAGCUCUUGGAGGGAACAUGAAGAAGAUUGAAAACUGUAACUAUGCAGUGGAGCUUGGGAAGAAUAAAGCCAAAUUCUCCUUGGUUGGCAUUGCUGGGCAGGACUUAAAUGAAGGGAAUUCGACACUUACUCUGGCAUUGGUGUGGCAGCUGAUGAGAAGGUACACGUUGAAUGUGUUAUCAGACCUUGGAGAGGGUGAAAAAGUAAACGAUGCAAUUAUUAUUGAAUGGGUCAAUCAGACUCUUAAAAGUGCAAACAAAAAUACUUUUAUUUCCAGCUUCAAGGACAAAGCUAUUAGCACUAGUUUACCUGUCUUAGAUUUAAUAGAUGCCAUUGCACCCAAUGCAAUUCGUCAAGAAAUGAUCAAAAGAGAAGACCUUUCUGAUGAGGACAAGCUGAACAAUGCUAAAUAUGCCAUUUCAGUGGCUCGAAAGAUUGGUGCCCGGAUAUAUGCCUUACCCGAUGACCUUGUGGAAGUGAAACCAAAGAUGGUUAUGACGGUGUUUGCAUGCUUAAUGGGAAAAGGACUGAACAAAAUAAAAUAAUGAAAUGUUUAAUAUGAUUUUCUGCCACAUUAAAUACACUGAAUGCCUCACAGUUUACAGAAUUCUGAAAUGUAGUGGGCAUAAAACCAGAGAUUAUUUGUAUGCUCAAAAUAGUUGUAUAAAUCAUUAAUGAAUUAAAUGUCCUGUUCAGACUAGUUAGGAUUUGUUGGCCUUUUUGGAUAACACAAUUAAUUUACUAGUCAAUACUGAUAAGAGAGUACUUUCAUUUUCAAGCUGAUAUUUUGUGAUUAUUUUCUUUUCCUUAAGGUCUCAUUGAAACAAGAUUAAUUCGCUCUUUUUCAUGAUUCACAAAUGAUCAAUACCAAAAAAUCUUUCAGGUCCUGCUGUGAAAUGUGUUUUGAUUUUUGUGUGUGUAAGUUGAUUUUGAUCAGAGUCAUAAUCCUGUUCAAUCUUUUAAUUUUUUCUCCAGUUAUGUGAAGUGAUCCAAAAUAUUAAUAUUUCCGUAAAUUUCUAUAUUAACAUUUUUAAGUGACAAAUAUUGUUCACUAACAUUAAACUUUUUUAUAUAUGAAGACUAACUCGUGAAUAAACUUCAAAGUUCAUUUUCUUAUAUAAGUAGCAGGAGCUUUUAACGUAAAAUUUAAUUUUAAUUGCAUUGAUAUUUUACAUAUACUGGUUUGAUAAUACAGCUCUAAGACAUGCAGCAUAUAUAUGUUGGUAAGAGAUUACUAGAGAAAUAUGUGUGUGUACAUAUAUAUAUUUUGCACCUGCAUUAACCAGGUUUUCUUAAAUGGUAUGUACGCAGUCAGCCCUCCAUAUCUCAUGGAAGCCUAUUUGAUGAUUCCACUUUCAUAGAUUCAAUCAACUGCAGAUUACAGAUACUGGAAAAAAAUUCCAGAGAGUUCCAAAAAGAAAAACCUAAAUUUGCUAAAUGCCAGCAACUAGUUACCCAGCAUUUACACUGUAUAUUAGGUAUAAGUAAUCUAGAGAUGAUUUAAAGUACAUAGGAGGAUGUAUAUAGGUUAUAUGCAAACACUUAACCAUUUUAUAUAAAAGACUAGAGCACUUGAAGAUUUUGAUAUUCUUAAGGGUUCCUGGAACCAAUCUCCUGGAUACUGAGGGACGACUGCAACUGAUCAGUUAGCCAACUAUCAAGUAAUUAUUGUGCCCCCACUAUUUAUAUAACACUUUUCAGUUUGUAGCUGAUACAUGAAGAUUUCUUUUAGAAAUAUUCAUUUUGGAUGUGCAUAUCACUUUUCAAUUGACUUCUUACAACUACUUAUAGCCAAAUACUGGCUAUAGCUCUCAAGCCAUGUUGAUACUAUACUCUUAGCUUCAUAUUACACACUGUAAUUUUUGAUGCUCUAGCGCUAAAUAAUUUAGAAUAUGCCUAUGAAAUAUCUUUAGUAGAAAGCAACACAAAGCUAAUAUUCAACAUAGAGUAUUUUCAUGUUUUUUUAAUAGCCUCCUUCAAAUUGGCAAUGUUUGGUUAAUGCUUAGGUAACUUGGAAGUAGCUAUGCUUCAGACUUAUUUUUGUCUGAAUUUUUGGUAGUCCACCAAUUCUGCUGUUAACAAUUAAAUUCAGAAGUCUUCUUCCUUCCACUGUAGUGCCAGUGAGCAACACUGCUGUGUAACAAAAACUGCUGUUACUUUAUCUCGCUGUGAAUUAGUUUAAAUCUCCCUUCUACCAUUGAUUAAAACAUACAUGUUGGUUAAGAGUGAGACUCCCAGUGUGUUUAGAAUUUUUUAAAUGAAUCAUCAACAGGUGGAACUAUGAAAUACAUUCUUCUACAAAAGAAAUUGUCUCCUUUUAUAUUUUGAUGAUUGUUUUCUUAUAUGAAGAUUAAGAUAUGUUCUUGCUCUUUUGUGAGAUUACUUAAAUCAUGUUUCCCCUUUUGAUUUAUUCUCUAGGUUAUCUGAUUUACAUGAAAUUUGGCACUUUAGAGUGUUCUUUUUCUCACAAAAUAUAUUUAAUAAAAAUUCUGUGUUAUGUACA